AUGUCGACUACAUAUACAUCCCGCCCAUCUUCUCUUCACCCCAAUCAUCUCUUCCCGCCACACCAUCACAUCUCUCGUACCCGCUCUCACUCGCCUCCCUCCUCCCGCGUCUCGGUAGGAACCUCGAUCGGCGACAUUGGCGAGAUGCCCGAUAUUGACAGUUUGCGGCCGAUGUAUGCUGGGGCGGUAGAGUAUCCUGCCAAAGUGGGGAAGAGCUCUACGAUGGCGAUGGAUGCGCAGGAUUCGCAGAAGCCGGGAGUGGGGGAGAAGGGGGAAGUGAAGCCUACAAGAAGGUUUCCGGAGGAAGAGGACGAGGAGCUAUUGAGGGAGAGUGAGGAUCGGUUUGUGCUGUUCCCGAUCAAGUAUAGAGAGAUAUGGGCAGCGUAUAAAGCAUGUCAAGCGAGUUUCUGGACCGCGGAAGAGAUCGACCUGGGACAGGAUAUGGGGGACUGGAAUGACAAACUCAAUGAGAAUGAGCGGUUCUUUAUACUUCGCAUAUUAGCCUUCUUCGCGGCAUCAGACGGGAUCGUUGGCGAAAACAUCAUCUCCCAGUUCUCCCUAGACGUCCAACUCGCGGAAGCCCGCGCCUUCUACUCCUUCCAGAGCAUGAUCGAGCAGGUACACUCUGAGACGUACUCGCUCUUGAUCGAGACGUAUGUCCGAGACCAAGAGGAGAAGAGCUUCCUCUUCAGAGGAAUGGAGACUAUCCCCUGCGUGAGGAAGAAGGCAGACUGGGCAUUGAAGUACAUAACGCCAGAAUUGCCCUUCCGAGUCCGCCUGGUCGCGUUCGCAUGUGUCGAAGGCAUCUUCUUCUCUGGCUCCUUCGCCGCCAUCUUCUGGUUGAAGAAGCGGGGUCUCAUGCCCGGACUGACAUUCUCGAAUGAAUUGAUCAGCCGGGAUGAAGGGACACAUACGGACUUUGCCUGUCUGCUAUUCAAUCAUCUCCACCACCGCUGUUCCGAGGAGGAAGUGCACGAUAUCGUCACCGAAGCUGUCGUUAUCGAGAAGGAGUUCCUUAGCGAGGCUUUGCCGGUCGGCCUCAUUGGAAUCAACGCGGACCUCAUGUGUCAAUACAUCGAGUUUGUUGCAGAUAGAUUGAUAGAGUCAUUGGGGUACACCAAGAUAUACCAUGCGCGGAAUCCGUUUGAAUGGAUGGAGCUCAUCUCGCUUCAGGGCAAAGCUAACUUCUUCGAAUCAAGAGUAUCGUCAUACCAGAAAGCGGGCGUGUCGCGGAUGGACAACUCGGGACAGGAAGGCGGGGAAGAACGAUCUCAGCGGAGAGUGUUCAAGAUGGAUGCGGACUUCUAG